AUGACAUAUCCAAGAACUGGGAUAAAGAGCGUUGCGCGUUGGUGUACCGCGCCCACUCUGGUUAUCUAUGUUCUGUGCCUAUGGAAAAGGGCUCUUGAGGGCGAAUGUGUGCUGCUCCCUACUCGCACGCGCCCAUCUUACCAGGAAAAUGUGAGAAACGGACCAAACAAUCAGAGACACACGGUAAAAGCUUCACAUGCAGGAGUGCGCCUGUCUCUCUCCUACAUUUCACAACUUAAAACCAUUGGUUGGGAUUGUUUUUUCGACGAACUCAAGGAUCUAUUGAACCAUCCUUGCCGAGGUAGCCUCAUUGCCAAGGCCUGCAUUAAGGUUUAUAAACCGAAUGAAGAUGGUUCUAUAGUUAGCCAAUCGAAUGCGUCAGGAUCAAUCUAUCUUGCAUUUGAACUUAUUACAUCUGGUUCAAGCCGCGUUGCCGCUGCGAUCCUCACGUUGUACGAACCAAAAAGAUGGGGCCGCACCAUGUCAAUAGCGCCUAUAUCCAUCGAGUGGCAAACUGUUUAUAUGUCUAUUUGCGAAGCCUUGACGGCUGGGCACUUAAACAUGCGUGGUAUGUCAUUUGGUACAGGCUCUAUAACAAAGACGAAGUACAGUUGCCCAACUGUCGCUGUGGCUAUUACUGCUGCCUUAAAUGCUCUGCCUUCCUUAAUACUUUUCAACUUCAAAUCGAACUCUGAAGCGUAG